AUGUUAUCUUAUCGGAAAACAAGUCAUACUCUCAAGCCAGCAGAGCUUGAAGACCUGAACUUGAAGAAGAUCUACCAUACGAAAGCAAGUGACUUGACGUCGGUGUUGGGCAUUAUAAUAUUGUGGAGGCUCAGCAGGAUCUUGUUUUACUCCUCCAAGCCUGUAGUGGAGGACAUCAUGAGUCAAGCAUUCGCCGCAGUCCCUCGUGGAGCUACGGCAGCAGGUCAAGGAGGUGGAAAGUUCGAUUCAAGAAACAUUCUCCGAAAGAUCCUGCAGAACGUGGGCGUCAGGCGUUUGUUGGACUGGUUGCAGAGGUAG